UUGUCGCUUGGAUUAGUGAAAAAACUGAUAGCUUUGUUGCAAACUUCCGGAUACAUUUUUAAUAUUGCUGACUUGUUACUUGUUAUUUUAUAUUUGUUAUACCAUGCUGAUAUUUGUGAAAACCCAUACUGUGUGAACGAUGCAGGUGGAAUUUGUAAAGUAUGUAAGAUGGUAAUAUUUAUAAUUUUUGUUGGCUGUUGUUGUUUUUCUUCUUGUUUCUCAAACUCCGUAACAAGUAAUUCUAAGGUUAAUUUUUCAUUCAAUUGACAGGCCAUAUUAAAUUACUACACAACUAUUACAAAAAAAUUACGUAUAUUAACAGAUUACAAUACAAAAAUCAACUUAAAUCUGAUCAAAAAUAGUGUUUGUUGAGGUUUCUAAUAAUACGCAUCUACGUGAUGUUAAGAUUAGGAUGCAUCUCAAAGUUGUGGCAAACAAUGCUGCACUUUUACACACGCACCAAAAGCUAUCUUGUUUUUUAAAGUUAAAGUCCAAAUUUAAGGUGCACUCGCUUACUAUGCCAAAUAUUAUUACUUACAUUCUGGAACUUGGAUAACUGCCAUCGUUAAAACUCAGACGAUAACUGCUUUUGUUAUUAUUUAGCAGCGUCGCCGUUGUCAUCAGUAACUGUCACGUGGUUGCGAUUUACAUACCGUGACGAGAGACAAUGGGUGAAAACGUAACAAUGGGAGUUGGCCUACUCUUGUUUAGUAUACUCUGCUAAUACCAUCGCUAUUUGUAUGUAUGGCAGAAGGAGUUUGUUCGGGCAUUGUCUUUGUUAUACCAUAGUAUACUGAAGUGGUUAUACUGUGUGUGAUGAUGUUUAAUGUAUAGGCUUAUAAACCUUAAUUUAAAAUGAACGGGGGAAAAGAAGCAAGCCUGGGAAGCGAAAGCAUGACUGAAGCGCUGGAAACUACAUACCCUAAAGAUGUAAUUACCACAGGCAAUGAGAUCUUGUUGGUGGGUCAAAGAAUCUGGGACUUGCGUGAAGUAAAACAAAGUUUAAGUUUUGAUCUGGAUUGUCUGCAUGAGCUGUGUUACAGUGCUAGCGCUCCUAUACAAGUGGCAUUAAACGAUAACAGUUUGAAUAACGGCUUACAGCAAAGGAACAACUUAUCAUUGACAGAAUUGAAUCGGACAGAAGAAAAUAUUCGUCAAAUUGAACAGUUGUUCGGCGAUAUGAGGCAAAUUUUGAGACAGCUCUAUAGUUUUGCAGACAGAUCUACCGCAAUGUCAACGAUGGAUGAUAACACAGAGCCAAUGAAGGUGUAUACAGCAGCAGACCCUGAAUCGGCAAAUAUUUGUGUUUCGGAUAAACAAACGAAACAGCACACAUCACCAGAAACCAUAGCUCCAAAUGUAACAUUGAAUACGGAAAGCGGAGACUUGCAUUUACAUGUACACGGUGGUACGACUACUGUGCCGUUGGUUAACACUUGCCGAGAAGUCUCAAUAUUGCAACAAAACCUAAAGACAAGAGCAGAAGAAGCGGCCGGUGAAAUUCAGAUUCCGAUUCAAUUGGACAAAGCAAUAAAAGCGGUUCGACUUCAGAUUACGACUGAAUCAAGAAAAUCUCUUGAAACUUUGGACCAGGAGGAUCACUUUAUUAGGAGAGACGAAUUUCGGUCGGUGUUCGAUACCCCAGAAGGGGACACUACUAUUGAAAUGUUGUUCAGUGUUGCAGAAAGCAAUGCGAAGAAAGAAGCGAAGAAACUGUAUCGUGCAACAGAGUUGGAGAAAAUAUUGCGACAUCUGGAUAAAUAUGGACGAUCUGUAAUAAUAACUGGACAAGCGGGGAUAGGAAAGACUGUUUUGUCAAAGAUGAUAACGAACGAAAUAUUGCAACAUAAACUACUUCCGACUACAAAGUUCAUUUUCUAUAUCAGAUUUCGUGACAUCGAUUUUGACUGCAAGAAGAACAUAGUACAAUUUCUUGUUACAUUUGGUGGAUGCUCGUGGAAGAAACAUACAGAGGAGAGCGACGGUGUCAUCUGGGAAGCAAUACACGAUAAUCCGGAUGUUGUAUUGGUACUGGAUGGCUUGGACGAAGCGGCAACCACGGCGUUAACUAAGCCAGCCCCGAAAUGUAAUCCGCUAGAGCCCACUAGAGCAGCAGUGCUGGCUGGAAACAUACUGAACCGAAGUCUUCUACCGAGAUGUAGAAUGGCAAUCACUUCAAGACCGAGGCAAGUUCACGAGUUAGACACGAGCAAUAAGCCUCGAACCGAGUUUAAAGUAAUUGGGUUGGCAGCCAGUGCGAAAAGGGAUCUUGGAGAACAAAUUUGCGGCGCUGACUGGCCAUUGGUAGAGGCCUACUUAGAGCAGCACCCGGAUGUAUAUGCGAUGUGCUAUGUGCCAGUUAUGUGUAUUGUUACAAUGCACUGUAUUAAAUCUCAAAUCCGUUCCAAUGAUGAUAAUUUCAAGUUAGAUAAUGUUACCAGCGUAUUGGUGUUUGCUUUAGACAAGUAUGCGAGAUCAGAGCAUAUCCGUACAUCGUGUGAUCUUUCCAAGUUAUGCUUAUUUGCAUGGAAUGGAUUUUGGAAGCAGAAGAUCAUGUUCACUGAAAAGGAUUUUCAAGAUGCGGGCAUCAGCAAAGAAGCAAAUGAAGCGUAUCUAACAACAUCUAUUGAUAUCUCAACUGAUCUGAGAACCAAACUGAUGGACGGCGACAAAAUCAGCUGCUUUUCUCAUUUGAUUUGGCAGGAAUUGCUAGCAGCGAUUCACAUCAUGUAUUUCAUGUCGUUUGAAACCUUCCGAGAAAAACUGCGAUUUCUGCUCGACAGCAGAUGGGAGGUGGUAGCACGCUCAAUGUACGGGAUAACCAGCACCGUAACAAAAAAGUAUCUGGACAAAAUAUUUGCCUGUCGCGAUCAAGCACAAUACCAAGCGAAAGUUAGGCUUAUGAAGAAGCUAGCUCAAGAUGCAGCAAAGGAAUUGGACGACGAUUUUGACGGGAAUGAAACGGAAAGAAUCCUACAAGUUUGCACGUGGGCAAGAGAGUCAAAUAAUACGCAGUUUGCCGCAGAUCUUAGACCUCACUUGCCAACCAAGAUCAAUCUGUCAGGGGAUGUUUUGCCGGGCGAUAUAAGCAGCCUAAUGUACGUGCUGAAGUCUGUUGAAAGCGCCGACCAAGUGAUCAACGUUGGAAGCGGAACCAGAUUCAAACCAGAUAACUGUUUACCAAACUUGCUAAAUGAAAUUAGUCAAACCGACAUCAAGAUGGAAAUAUUGAAUCUCUCACCCCAAACGGCGGUAACGGACACCGUAGCAGAAUCCAUUCAACGGAAUUUUAAGAACAUUCAAAAGCUUAUUUUGGGACAAAGCGGUAUCACCGAUAUUGGGCUGGGAUUCCUCUCAGCAGGGCUAUGUCAACGGCAGCAACAAAUAGUCGAACUUGAUCUUAGCGGAAACCCAAUAAAGAACGUUGGGGCAACACAUCUAGCACACUGCUUGAGUAAGGUCAAGAGCCUGAAUAUUUCUAAAUGCCAAGUCACGGAUGUUGGACUCGAAACUAUAUCUGAUGGCAUCUCUCGCCUUACAACCAGGAUGGAUAAUUUCAACAUUAGCCACACUGCAAUUGGAGAUCUGGGUGCGAGAGGGUUGAGCCAAUGCGUGAAAAAUAUACGCAGCCUUUCCGUGGAGAAAUGCGAGAUCACGGACGUGGGAAUCGAAUACAUUAGCCAGGGAAUACAUGAAUUGACAACAUCGAUGGAGGAAGUCAAAUUUGCGAAAAAUCCGAUCAACGUGAGGAGCGCGAUUGCUAUUGCGAGCUGUCUGCACAACAUUGACAAUCUACACGUUCGUUCAUGUCGAAUAAAUGACUUGGCUGCAGAGCAGUUGGCUAAGGGCGUAGAGCGAAGAACAACAAAGAUGAAGAUGCUAAAUUUAACGUACAACGAGUUCGGAGACACCGGAGCUGAAUUCUUUCGUGCAGGCCUUCGUAAUCUCGUAGCUAUGAGAGUUUGGAAAUGUGGGAUUACUAGGGUUGAGUUCAGAAGACUUCUUGCGGCACAUAGACGCUUAGAGCCCCCGAGACCUAAGAUUUGGUUCGGUGAAGUGGAAGGUUACGAAGGAGGAGACAUGGUGCUAGAACCUGAGUGAAUAUUAAUACAAUGCACCAAUUCAACCUAUAUGUUUAAUACACAAAAUAAUGCAU